CACCACCUAAAAUGAAUCUCUCAAUCUUCCGCCCGAUACUCCGAUCAUCCACUGCGCCAUCGAUACAGCGGCCAUCCUGCAGUUGGCAAUCCCUCACACGCCCACAUCUCCAACAAACGAAACCCAGCACACACUCCUCCCCAUUCUCCUCUACAUCCCGACUACAAAAGCGCUCGAAAAAGGGUGGAGGCAAUGAUCCGAGGAUAACAAACAUCCGCUACCACCUCUCCCACCCCCUAACCCCGCGCCCCCUCCACUUCUCGCGCAACCGCUCUUUGCGGCACUGGACCAUUCACCGCGCCUGGCUGCUCUUCCUGCGCAAGCGGCGCGCCGCCGAAGAACGCGAGUUGGAGCGUCAAUACAACAGUAUGCGAGCUGCGUGUGAGCACCUGCGGCUUCUCGACGAUAAGGGAAACAGAGUGACUGAGGAAGAGGCGGGGGGCCAGGGACCGGAUGCGGGGAGGCUAGGGGUGAAGGGGAGGGAGGUAGGCAGGUUGUACCGCAGUGCGAUGUUGAAGAGGGGGGUGUGGGGGAGUGUGCCGGUCGAAUAUGCGAGGGUGCAGACGGAUUUUCCGGGGAGGGAGGGGUGGAAUCAUGCUUGGACGAGGAAUUAGGAAUCGUCGUAUUUUGUAUGUGUGAGGAGGGAUGGAUGGAU